AGAUAUAAAAAUAUAAAAUCAAACCUCCAGACCUCCACCUUUAAAAUUUUCACUUUUUAAUAUGAAAAUAUUCGUGACUGCAUUAUUGUUAGCAUGCCUUAGCAUGUCUAUGCAGAACACACUAGAAGAGAAGACUGGAUACAACAUAAAUGAUCCUGAUUUAUGUAAUCUAUGUGAAAAGGUAGCUGGAGAAAUCAAGAGAUUUUUUGAACAAGAUAUGUCAGAGGAUGAGGCGGAAGAGCUAGUGAAAGAGGUAUGCAGUUCGUUAGGAGACGACUUAGGUCAAAUAUGCAAAGAUGCUUUGGUUCCAACCAUAAGAGAUAUCUACGAAGUGCUUGAUGACGAUCUUUGUAAGAGUCUUGGCCUCUGUUAAGUUAUUCAAUUGUCACUAGACUAGCAUAUUAUUCUCAAAGUUUAAUGAAUUCUAAAAAAGUGAAAUGUAACUUCCACAAUAAUAAAUGUUUUUAAAAAUCA